AUGUUUUUUACAAAUGUGAGAUUUAUAAGCAAAUUGGCGAGAAACAAACUUAACAAGAGGAGAAGCUGGAUAAAGCGGAAUAAAAAAUGGAUGUUACCUAGGGUUGAAAAAUCGUACCUGAAACAGGAACAAGACUUCGUCGUUCAGCACAAAACCGUGCCGCAGAGAGGGGGAUCCCAUGGAGGGGCGGAAGGGGGGCGAAGUGAAGUAAAAAGUGAAGAAGCCAAACAUGGGGGAAUACACAUUGACUAUAGACGCAUCCUAGAGGAGGCAACCCGAAAGGAAAAAAAGCAUCUAAAACCCCAUGAGUAUAAGAAGUUGCUAAAGCAGAAAGAUAGUAGUGGUGGACGCACCCCGAACGAUGACAAGCUACAGUUAAAAGACCUGCUUCGUAGCAGCAAAGGUGGGGGAACACACAAGGCGAUGCAGAUAGACAUAAAAGAUUAUAAAGAUGAGGAGAAGGAAAAAAAGAAAAAUGAAAUGAAUACAUUUUGGUACAUGCCAAGUCCCUUUGAAAAAAAAGGUGUGUAUGGAAUGAAAGAAAAUUCUUUUUACAAAUCUUUUAUGAGAGACAGGGAAAGACAGCUCGAUCACAUCGACACGAGAAAGUUAAACGAAAAUGAAAAAAAAUUAAUUAAUGAAAUGCGCAAAAAUGUGAACAAUGUUAACGGUAAAUUCCUCGACGAGAGUGUAGGUCCCCUAGAUGGGGAACAGAAAAGAGAAAAAAAAAUACGGAUUAGUCCAAGAAAAUAUUGGUUUCAUGAUACGUAUUGUUCACCAGAUAUCCCUAGCUUGAGUACUGUGAAAGCAAGAGAACUGAGGUUUCUAAUGAUGAACGAGGCGAGGUUAGUUAGGAAGGGGAAAUCGGUAGACGUUGAAUUAUGGCUAGCUUUUAUGAAUCGAGUUUUGAACCUAUCGAGCAAGGUACAUGUACGUAGUCUGCUUCGAUACUUACAGACCAUUGCAUCUGUAAAGGUUAACAAUAAAAAAAUGAUAAGCCAGAUUGUGUGUGAAAUUUUCAAGCGAGAAAAUCUUAUGAAGCCAAAACAUUAUGUGUACCUUUUUCAAGGAUGCUCCAGACUCAAAUGGUCUGACUUUCAACUAAUCUAUGCUUUAAAGAACAUGACAUUGUGUUGGCCUAUUUUAAGGAAUAAUUUCCUUGUGAAGUCAGCCAAUUCGAUAAGUAAACUAGGAUUGGCAAACAGUGUGUACAGUAAAUCUUUACAAAUUACGCUUUGUGAACGGCUAGAUAAUUUUUCAGGGAAAAAUUUGAAAGCCAUCAAAGCCAUCACCUUCUUGGAACUCUUUACCGAGGACAUGAUUUUGAAGUUUAUUUCUCUUGCCAGUUUUUACAAAGAACAUUUUAAUUAUUACACUCGUCACCUCCAGGUUUUGCACCUGUACGUCACGCUAUUUUGCCCCUCGUUGUGUGAUAGACUGACGGCAGAGCAGCGGGCCUUUCUGUGGCGGUACUCGCGCGGUGCCAAUUGGAAGGAGAUCCGAAAUAGGAGGAACCAUGACUACAGCAGUGAUGAGGACAGCGACGAGUGCAGUGGUGAUGAAGAGAGUGAUGAACAGAGUGAUGAUGACAGUGAUGAUGAAAGCGAUGAUGAAAGCGAUGAGGAGGAUCAGGAAAGGGAUGAGGUAUUAGGCAAUCGCUGCCACCCGCGCACGGGGGAAAAUACCCACGAGGACACCAAAGUAGGAGAUAAAAUACGCGGAGGGUUCACAAGCAUGUUACACAAAGAAAUCAGUGACAUCCUCACCCAGAUAAAAGUCGAGCACCUGAAUUCAGUUGCCUGUGGACCAUUCAUUGUAGAUAUAUAUCACCCCCACUCAAAUUGUAUUAUCGAGGUAAAUGCUCCUUUCCAAUAUUACCUGACCUCUGAAAAACUAACAACCUUGGCAGAAUGGAGGCACAAGUUUCUGGCGCGCAUGGGGUUUAGAAUCAUUCACAUUUCGCAUAAGGUGUGGAGCAGCCUACCCACUGACAAACAGAAAGUGGAUUAUCUGUCGCGCGCUUUGCCGGCAGCGAUGUUCGGGCGGGGGUCUCCCGGUGAAGAAUACCCCAGGGAGAAGUACCCCGGUGAAAAAUACCCUGAUGAAAAAUACCCCGAUGAAAAAUACCCUGGUGAUAAAUACCCCAGUGAGGAAUUCCUCUGCGAUGAAUUCCCCUGUGAUGAUUUCCCCUGUGAGGAGCUUCCCCGUGAAUUCUCCCUUUAG